UUGAAGUUUACCCCCUGGUGUCUAGACUAUUGGGUGGAUCCCUCUAACCCGGACCAGGCCGUCCUCACCAUAGGAGACAUCGGAGGAUGGGUCAGCGCUUUGUAUUUUACCUCGGCUCAGAUCUCUCUGUUUGAGAGAGACUGUCUGAGGACGGACUCCGAUUCCGCAGACGUCAUCCUGUGGGACGAGCUGGUCAAAGGGAAGCAUCGUUCCUGUUACACUGUGACACACCGAGGGCACAUGCCUGCCUGGGUUAGAAAAGUGCGUUACCUGGACUCGCUGGACGCCUUCGUGUCCUGUAGCACCAGAGCGCAGAGCAGCAUGGUGAUCGGCUGGAGGGAAAAGGAAAGCAGGAGUCUACGAGUCGCUUCUUUCUUUACAAAGAGGGGUGUGUGGGACAUGGACCACCACCGUGGACUCAAUCUGAUAGCCACAGCAGGUGUGGAUCAUCAGGUCUUGCUGUGGAACCCGUAUGUGACCUCAAAGCCGGUUUGUCGGCUCAUCGGGCACACCGGCCCCGUCACCGCAGUUUGCUUCAUGCAGACCCAGCAACAGUUGCUCAGCUACUCCAGAGAUAAGGUAGGAGUGUGUGUCUCUGUGUGCAGCGCUCUGCUAGAAGAAGAUAAUGUGGUGAUAAAGAGCCCCAUCAUUGGUGUAUUAAUUGUGAUACCUUGCUAUAAUUACUGCAGAAGAAGGAGGCUGUGGUGCAGAUCGUCUACCACUACAGCUCAUCUGUUCGUAUACUCUUUCCAGGUCCUGUGUCUAUGGGAUGUAUCUCGUCAGCUGUGUGUUCACCGCCUGGCCGGUGUCUUCCCAGAGACGCAGGAGGACACACAGACACUCCUGUUUGUCCACGAGGAGCGUCAGGUCCUCGUGCUUUCCUUCAACAGCCUGCUUCUCCUGCUGGAGACCACGGAGGAAGAGAAGAGGACCAGCAGCCACGAGCAGCCUGUGACCUGUGUGCUGUAUAAUAGUCUGUUCAGACAGGUAGUCAGCAGCGACUCGGCCUCCUCUGUGAUCUGCUGGCUGGCUCAAACGGGACAAAAGGUCAAGCAGUUUCACCGUUGCCACGGCAACAAGGAGAUCUCCACCAUGGCCCUGGAUGCUACGCAGACAAGGCUGUUCACUGCGGGCCUGGACGGAGAGGUCAAAGUGUGGGACUUCAGUGGCCGCUGCCUCCACAGAAUGAACGCCGGCCUGGGUCGGGCUGUGGAGAUCUCACAGGUCCUGCUGCUGAAGAGGCGUAUACUGGUGAUGGGCUGGGAAAGGAUGUUAACAGUGUUCCGUCUGCACUCCUUCUCGCAGUCUUUUGUUGAACCGUCGGAGUGGAAAGGAGGUGUUCAGCAUCGCAGUGAUGUGCUCUGUGCCGCAUUCCAGCCGCCGCAGACUCUGGUCACAGGAAGCUACGAUGGAGAGAUUAUAGUGUGGAACAACGGCACAGAAAAAGCUUUGAGGAGACUGAGACCACUUGCUGAACUCGGAGAAGGUCAUGUCCCCGACUCUCAUCUCGGUGUGAAUGGCAAAGAAGAUGCAGAUAACUCCAUUGCAAUCACUAGAUUGUUAUUCAUACCGGGACGCACGUCUGCAGCUAUAGCGACAGCAGGUGGCGCAGACUUGGUGUCCUGUGGAGGUUCAGGUGUGGUCCGACUCUGGAACACUGUCCACAGCCGUCUGGUGGGACAGUUCACCGCUCACAACAGGGACUUGGGGUCCAUCGUUAUGACUGUCAGCCUCUGUGGAAAGUAUUUAGUCACAGCUGAUGGGGAGGGAACCCUCAAGACUUGGGACAUACAGCAGUAUUGUCUUGAGCCAGAUGACAGAAUAACCAAAGAACCUCCAGAACUGCUGCGUAGUUUCCGCCCACACCUUGAUCGCGUGACUCACCUGGAGAUGUGUCCCCAUGGCGACAGACUCCUCGUUCUCUCAGCAUCGUCCGACCGCAGCGUGGUCCUCAGCUACCUGCCCGGAGAAAUUGUCGGCCUGUUCGGACAGGAGGAGCAGUGGUGCUUGGAGAGACCCGGACAUCUGCACCCACAGUGGGAACCAGAGCGGAACCAGCGAGACCAGGGAGGGCAGGGAGGGAAGAGGUCACCUCCAGCUCCCAGUGAGACACUCCCUGACCCAGGACCCGACACCUCUGCAGAGGGUGGAGAGGUCGGGAUAAAAGACCAGGGUGAGGAUUUUGGGAGUGAUGCAGGAGUGGAGAGAAACAAACAUUUAUCCAGGUCAAGGGUUGAGUCCGUCUAAAGUGUCGUUGUUGUACAACUUCAGCCUCGUUUUCACUGCUCUGUUUCACUGGUCUGGUAAAGAUGAACAUUGCUUUUGAAUUGUCCUGGAGGUA